AUGUUCUUAGCCCGAUGCACUGACAAUAUUUAUACAGUUGAUCGUCUUUCUCCCGGUUCAUCGCAUCGCUUCCGAGUGUCAGCUGAGAAUGCCAUCGGACGAGGAACUUCAAUUGAGUCGAAAAAAGUGACAUUAUCUGCAGAGACAGCACUUUGCAUGGAAAAGCCCACAGCGAUCUCAUCAGCUGGCUCGAUAAUUGCGAUGUGGAAACGGUUGCCGGACGAUGACGUCAACUACAUCGUUGAAAUUAAGGAGGCGAACUCAAGACGAUCAUGGAAAGCUGUCAGCGCUGAACCAGUACAAGGAGACUCCUACACUAUCAGCGGUUUGAAUCCUGGAUCAGAGUAUAUUGUGCGAGUCACGGCUGUGACUUCCGAAAGCCAAGGAACGCCUUCGGAACAAAGCGAAAUCGUCAAAUUCGAGGAUGUUAGAGGUUUGUUACUUGAGCUGAAUUUCGCGUCACGGAUUCUGGACAACGUAUCGGAAAUCGGAAGCGCUCCAUAA